AUGACACAAUUAACAUUAUACCUGGUCCUAUUGGCCAGCGUACCAGCACUGGGCCAGAAAAUACAAGACACCGGUCACAUUGACUACUUUGAAAUGGCAACAAAACCAACCACUACUCCAACUCCCGCACUGCCCCUAUCGGUCAACGGGUCGACAAUCGUGUUAACAACUAAUGGCUCGGCAUUCUUGGUCAGCACAAACGGCACUCUCUCAGCCUUAUUAACUACCAUCACCAACACCACCAGUCCAGUCACCCCCUCCACCACAACACACGCCCCACCGCCACAACCGCCCAUAAAACCCGUGGUAUAUAACCGGUGCGACAACGCGCACUGCACAGCACCCGUACCCUCCAAACUGAACGUACAUCUCGUCCCCCACACCCACGACGACGUGGGUUGGCUCAAGACUGUGGACCAGUAUUACUACGGCUCCCAAUCCCAACACCAGAAGGCGGGCGUACAGUAUAUCAUCGACUCGAUGGUACAAUCGUUGCUCCGGGCAGAGCACCGGCGGUUCAUCUACGUUGAGACGGCAUUCUUCUGGAAGUGGUGGCGCGAACAGGACGAAGAGCACCGGGAACAGGUUCGCACUCUGGUCAACGGGGGUCGACUCGAGUUUAUUAGCGGCGGUUGGGUUAUGCACGACGAGGCCAUCACCCACUAUCAAGCUAUUAUCGAUCAGAUGACCUGGGGCCAUCGACGCCUACAGGACAUGAUUGGCCAGUGUGUUGUGCCCCGCAUUGGGUGGCAGAUCGACCCGUUUGGCCACAGCCGAGAAUCGGCGCACUUGUCGGCUAUGUUUGGCUUUGAUGGUCUGUUUUUCGCCCGAUUAGACUAUGAGGACCAAAAGCUCCGGUCGGCUGAAAAACGCAUGGAGUUUAUAUGGGAGGGUUCGGAUGAUAUUGGUAGAAGUGCCGAUAUAUGGACGCACGCCAUGGCCGGCUCGUUGUACGGCCCGCCGACUGGCUUCAACUGGGAUGUGCCCGAAGGCGGCGAUGAGCCCAUUAUCGACGACCCGGAGUGCGAAGACUAUAAUGUGGACAAAAUUGUGGACAAGUUUUUGAAUUACAUUCGUCCAUAUUCAAACAAUUAUGCCACUAAUCAUCUGCUUAUUCCUAUGGGUAUGGACUUUAAUUUUCAGUCGGCCGGCGCCUGGUUCACGAACAUGGACAAACUGAUCCGGUACACCAACGCCCGGCAACGUAACGGCUCCAAUAUAAACGUAUUCUACUCUACCCCCACUUGUUAUCUGGCGGCUGUCCAUCAGUCCAACAACACUCUCACCACUAAAUCCGACGACUUUUUCCCAUACGCUUCGGACGGCGUAACCUAUUGGACGGGUUAUUUCACUUCUCGACCGGCGCUCAAACGGUACGAAAGGGUUGGCAACAAUUUUUUACAGGUAUGCAAACAGUUGGACGUAUUGGCCGGUANUAAUCUCUGA